UCUACGAAAUGACGGCUUUGCGACGAAUCCAAAAGGAACUGAAAGAUCUCACGAACAAUCCGAUCGAGGGGCUGACGGUUGAGCCGCUGGAGGAGAACCUGUUUGAGUGGAAAUGCGCGAUCAAGGCUGCGUCUGAUAGCCCUUACAAGGGCGGGACGUUCCACUUCAACCUCAGUCUACCGGAGAACUUUCCCUUCAAGGCGCCCUCCGUAACGUUCACCACAAAGAUAUAUCACCCUGGCAUCAAUGAGGAGGGCCAUAUCUGCGUGCCUGUACUUCGUGAUCAGUGGAAACCCACCGUGACACUCUCGUCUGUGUUGCAUACCAUUCAGGACAAGCUGAACAACCCGAGCGCAGACGACCCGUUUGAGCCUGAUAUUGCUGCGCUCUUGAAGAACGACGAGGCGAAGUUCCUCGCGACGGCGCGGGAGUGGACCAAGAAAUACGCCUCACAGUAGAGCAUGUAUCGACGGAGAAACACGACUUUGUAUCAUAGCCAAUGUACUUUUGAAGACGAGGACCCAAUUGAAGCAUGCGCAGCCCUCCUGGAAUUC